GCUCUCCAAGUUGGAUAGUUUUGUAACCAAAUCAAGCAACGAGCGAGUGCAUAUAUAUAUUAAAUUAUUUAUUUAAACUUGCGUCGCCUAACUGCACUUCAUAUUUGAAGUAAGCACAAAUUAAAAUUAAUUAAACAAAAAUAAGAAAACAACCCACCAAAAUGUCGAAACCGGUACCAAUGCCAUAUUCGGAAACGAACGAUGAUCUACACAAUAUACGUAAACCCAAACCCUUUCAUUUCGGCAAAUUUUUAUACAACUCCGAGGAGGGCACGGUCAUGGGACGAGAUCGCGCCUCAUGGGCCAAGAUCGGCAUCUUCUAUAUAAUCUUCUACGGCGUGCUCGCCGCCCUGGUGGCCAUAUGCAUGUGGGCCUUCUUUCAAACUCUGGAUCCACGCAUACCCAAAUGGACAUUGGACAGCUCGAUCAUUGGCACGAAUCCAGGUCUUGGAUUCCGCCCACUGCCGCCCGUUGACAAUGUGGAGAGCACAUUGAUCUGGUACAAGGGCACGCAGCACGAGAACUACAAGCAUUGGACGGAUUCUCUGGACGAGUUCCUGGCUGUGUACAAAGUGCCCGGCUUGACACCGGGCCGUGGUCAGAACAUCUACAACUGUGACUACAACCAGCCCCCGCCGAAGGGUCAGGUGUGCGAUGUGGACAUUAAGGCCUGGUCGCCGUGCACCAAGGAGAACAAUUACAGCUACCACAAGAGUUCGCCGUGCAUUUUCCUCAAGCUGAACAAGAUCUACGACUGGCUGCCAGAGUUCUACAAUAGCUCACAAAAUUUGCCAGGCAAUAUGCCCGAAAACCUGAAGACCUACAUAGGGCAUGUGGAGAAGACCGAGCCGCACAAGCUGAACACCAUUUGGGUGUCCUGCGAGGGCGAGAAUCCUGCCGAUCAGGAGAACAUUGGCCCCGUCAACUAUUUGCCGAUACGCGGCUUCCCCGGCUAUUUCUAUCCCUAUCAGAACUCCGAGGGCUAUCUGAGUCCCCUCGUCGCGGUGCACUUCCAGCGCCCCAAGCGCGGCAUUAUCAUCAACGUGGAGUGCAAGGCCUGGGCACGCAACAUUGGGCACGAUCGCAAGGAAAGAAUUGGAUCCGUGCACUACGAGCUAUUGAUUGAUUAGGCUGCACGUUGAAUGAAACUCAAGCAGAUGAGAAAUCAAUCAAUUAAAGGACGCUCCUUUGUCUUGUGUAGAGCGAAAAAUGAGAAAAAUCAACACCAAAAUGCAGUUUUUUCCUAAGAAAUACUAUUAAAUAACAGACCAUAAAUUAUAUACAAGAAAAAAGACACCGACAACAAACAUUUUUGGAUACAAAACAAAUUUUUGAAUGUAGCUUCUUCUUAUACAAAAUACGAUUUAAAACGGAUUAUAUAUAUAUCUUUAUAUAUAUAUAGCAAGAAUGUAGUCUAGCGCCUAAGAGGAUUUCUUUAAAUUACGAGCGAUUUUUGCAUUAAAUAUAAAAAAAGACAAACAAACAAACAAAUUAUAUUAUUAAAUUGAAAUUAUAAUAAUUUAAAAUUAAUUAUAAUAAUGCUGAAUGCCGUUUUGUGAAAUGAAAACUCGAUAGUUGAAAGCUGAAAGAAGCAAACCCUAAACUUUAAAAGCUAGCCAAGUACGAAUCUCAUUUAGCGCUGUUCCAAAAUGAAACGACACAAAUUUACAAAUGUUUAUUGCUUAUUUUCAAUUACAAAGCUAAACUGCCACCACAAUCACGCAUUAGUUAACAACAAUUGAAAGUUAACAAUAAUAUAGAGAAAAACCUUUUGACCAAAAAAUGAAAGAGAAACUUUGUACGAACUAAAGCUGCAGCUGACCAAUUUCGUAGCCAAAUACCAAUUUUUAUUAACCAAACAAUUUUGCAACUAGUUUGUAGCAUAAAUUAAAAAACGUUUCUCCAAUUUAACCUAAACAAUCUUAUAUACAAAACAAACCUUAUACACACGGCAAACUAUAUAAAAUGUUUUACAUAUUUACAAACUAUUCAUAUAAAUCUAACCCGCAAGUCAAAGUGAAAUGUUUAACAAUCAAAUGCGAGAUCAACAAACACAAAUUUGCAGCGUUUAGUUAUUAAGUUUAUUAAUGUUAAAUCAAAUCAAACAAACAAUAAAAAUGAAAACUGAAUAAAAAUAACAACAAAAUCAAAUAAAACAGCAGCUAAGGCUAAACGAAUUCAUUUCAAGCUGUUCUCAAUAAAAAUGGGCGAUACAAAAAAAU